UUAUAUAUCGAUAUUUAAUAAACAUAUAUUUGCAGCAGUUCCAAAAAGAAUCUGAGAAUCUCCACAUGGCAAUAAAUCCACAAUACGAGGCCGUUGGCAAAGGUUUUGUCCAGCAAUAUUAUGCCAUCUUUGACGAUCCGGCGAACCGUGCCAAUGUGGUUAAUUUCUACAGCACUACAGAUUCAUUCAUGACCUUCGAGGGACAUCAAAUACAAGGAGCGCCAAAAAUUCUUGAAAAAGUGCAGAGCCUCAGUUUUCAAAAGAUCAAUCGGAUAAUUACCACAAUCGACUCGCAGCCGACGUUCGAUGGUGGCGUGCUAAUUAAUGUGCUGGGACGCCUACAGUGCGACGAGGAUCCACCACACUCCUAUUCGCAAGUGUUUUUGCUGAAAGCCAAUGCCGGCAGCUUCUUUGUUGCUCACGACAUAUUUCGGCUGAAUAUACACAAUUCUGCCUAAGGAACGCGCAACAUAACCAACAGCUCGAGCCGCAAGCAAGAAUAUCCAAAAUUCCAGCAGUAUAUCAACGAGAAAAGAUGACGGCGCUCAUAACAAGAUAACAAUAAAAUGUCAAUGUAAAAUACAACUUAUAGUGAUUAUUAAUUAAA